ACGUGCUGCGCGGGGCUGGCCCCGGCGCAGUUCGCCAUUGGCCGCGCCGCCAUAGCCCCAUGGGCGUGCGGGCCUCGCAUUGGCCCGGCGUCGCCGUCCAUCAGGCAGCGGCGGACUGCGUCAGGUUGGGUUGAGCGGCGUCCCCUUCCCUGCCUGUGUCUGGCGGCGGCUGCGGCUGCGGGGCCGGUGCGGGCGGAGGGGCGCAGCGGAGGGCGGCCCGCUCCCUCGCUCGCUAAGAUGGCGGCGGCGGCAGCGGCGGCCGUGGCGCGGCUGGAGGGCCGGGAGUUCGAGUACCUCAUGAAGAAGCGCUCUGUGACCAUCGGCCGCAACUCAUCGCAGGGCUCGGUGGACGUGAGCAUGGGCCACUCCAGCUUCAUCUCCCGGCGCCACCUGGAGAUCUUCACCGCCGCUCCCCCGCCACCGCCACCGGCCGGCGCGGACGGGCCGCCGCCUCCGCCUCAGGGGGACCCCGCAGCUGCUACCGGCGGCGGCGGAGGGGACUUCUACCUGCGCUGCCUCGGCAAGAACGGUGUCUUCGUGGACGGCGUGUUCCAGAGGCGAGGGGCGCCGCCGCUGCAGCUGCCCCGAGUCUGUACUUUCAGGUUUCCCAGCACAAACAUCAAGAUAACAUUCACAGCUCUGUCCAAUGAAAAGAGAGAAAAACAGGAGGCCCCAGAGUCCCCAGUGAAGCCUGUGCAACCCCAGAUCUCUCCCUUAACAAUAAACAUUCCAGACAACAUGGCUCACCUGAUCAGCCCUCUCCCUUCUCCCACAGGAACUAUCAGUGCUGCAAAUUCCUGCCCAUCUAGCCCCCGUGGUGCAGGCUCUUCAGGGUACAAAAUGAGUCGUGUAAUACCAUCUGACCUACAUUUAAUGGCUGAUAAUUCACAGUCAGAGAAUGACAAGGAAGCAUCGGGUGGAGAUAGCCCAAAGGAUGACUCUAAGCCACCUUACUCCUAUGCACAGUUAAUAGUACAAGCAAUUACAAUGGCACCUGAUAAGCAGCUUACACUAAAUGGAAUUUAUACGCACAUAACUAAAAACUAUCCGUACUACAGGACAGCAGACAAGGGCUGGCAGAAUUCAAUACGUCACAAUCUCUCUCUGAAUCGUUAUUUCAUCAAAGUACCACGUUCCCAGGAAGAACCAGGCAAAGGCUCAUUCUGGAGGAUAGACCCUGCCUCUGAAAGCAAAUUAAUAGAGCAGGCUUUUAGGAAAAGGCGGCCUAGGGGAGUACCUUGCUUUAGAACCCCUCUGGGACCACUCUCUUCUAGAAGUGCCCCAGCUUCUCCUAAUCACUCAGGAGUGUUGUCUGCACACUCCAGUGGAGUCCAGACCCCCGAGAGUCUGUCCAGGGAAGGAUCUCCAGUCCCAAUGGAACCUGAGCCUAGUGCUAUCCAGCCAAAACUAGCGGUAAUACAAGAAGCACGAUUUGCACAGAGCGCCCCAGGAUCACCUCUUUCUAGCCAACCAGUUUUAAUUACUGUACAACGGCAGCUACCACAAACUAUUAAACCCGUCACCUACACUGUUGCAACUCCUGUGACAACAUCAACAUCCCAGCAGCCUGUAGUUCAGACAGUUCAUGUUGUCCACCAGAUACCAGCUGUGUCUGUCACAAAUGUGACUGGAUUAGCACCAGCAAACACUUACACUGUAGCUGGACAGGCAGUAGUCACGCAAGCUGCGAUGGUAACCCAACCCAAGGUAGAACCUCAAGAGAAUGGAGACCACAAGGAAGUAAAAGUUAAAGUGGAGCCUAUACCUGCUAUUACUCAUGCUACAAUUGGAGCUGCUAGUCGUAUCAUUCAGACAUCUCAGACAACCCCCUUACAGACAGUUACUAUAGUGCAACAGGCACCUCUAGGUCAACACCAGCUACCAAUAAAAACUGUAACACAGAAUGGAACGCACAUAGUACCCAUCACCACUGCGAUACAAGGACAGGGCAAUGCUGCUGCUGCAAGUCCUUUGCAUAUGUUGGCGACCCAUGCAUCUGCCUCGGCCUCCCUCCCAACCAAGCGCCAGAAUGGAGACCAGUCGGAACAGCAGGAACUCAAACGUAUCAAAACAGAAGAUGGAGAGAGCAUAGUCAUAGCUGUUAACGUGGACACCCCACCUGUGGCAGUGAGUGAUAAAGGCAGCCAGAACUAGAAACUUAGGGGAGUUUUAUUUUUUUGUGUUUUUUUCUUUUCUUUUUUUCUUUUUUUUCUUUUUUUUUAAGAAAAAAAAAAAACAAAACAAAACUCCAUGGUGCCAAAAGGAGACACUUAAAUAUAACACCUAAAAUGUUGGAACAUGUUCUCACGCAGUGGGGAAAGGGGCCCUGUGAUCAGACUUCAACUUUCAGCACUGAAAAAAAACCCAACACAGGUGGCCUUAAAACUUGGUAAUUUAAAGUCAAACUGCAAACCAUCUUGUUCCAGAGGCUGUGACCCCCGCUCCUCCCUGCCCCUACCGAACUGUGCACACUGAGAAAUACAGUGUUGGGGAGGGCUGCAGCUUUAAAAAAAUCUUUAUCAGAUUAUUUUAAGGACUGAGUAUCUCAGUGUAACGGCAGCAUGAUAAGCGCUUAGUGUGAACUGGUUUCAAACGAUUGUAUAUUCCUCAAAGGGAACAGAGGCAAGGAGCCAUUUCCUACAUCUUGGCAGCUAGCCUUUCAUAAUGACCUACCCGAUGCAGUUGUUGGUAGAUAUGCAGUAUUUUGUUGUUCACAUGUGGAAUUAGAAAUUUUUGAGGUGUAUUUUCAUUUCUUUGCAAAACAAUGGGGUCUUUGACAUUUCAAAUCACUCCAUUUCUACUCCGGAAACUUUGGAAUCACACAAUACUUUUCAUGUGAAAUUUUGUUUGGUAAAAACUGAAUGUAGGGUUUUUUUAACCAAUGGAAUGAUUUACUUUUGUCUGUCCUGUUCAAGUUCAGAUAAAGCUACUUUAUUACAUCUGCAAAUUUUCAUAUUUUAGCAGUUGCCUGAUAAAUUUAAUCAAAUUUUAUUACCAUGUGUAGUGAUCAAAUGCUUCUUUGGGCUUGCAUGUAACUGAUUAGAAAUUACAAUGUAAAUGAGCCGUUAACUGACGUAAAGAACUGCUAUGAAUUUGACCAGAGCUGCACUUACCUGUUUCUCUUUCUGCUACCUUUUGCUGUUUGUUACUUUGUGUUGACUUUGACUGUCCCUGGCAUAUUUUUCCAGUCUAAAGUAAAACAAGAGUCUCGCUUAAUAUUGUGUAUGUUUAAGAUAACAGACUGUUCUUCAUUUAGAAAGAUGAAAUUCUUUAUCACAAGUCCUUUUAAAAAGAGUAAAAAUUAUCUUGUCAGAGGUAUAUUCGAUAUUUUUAAGCUUAAGCACCCAUCAGUAGAACUUAAUCUGACCAGUUUCUCCAUAACACUUUUGAUGUCCUACACUGACCCCUCAGGGUCUCCAGUGAGCGUAGCUGUUGUGGUUUUCUAACAGUGGCUACCAUGUUAUUCUAAUACUUUAUUUUUUUUUUAAGUGUGUGUUCUGCAGUUGAACAUUUAAAGCUGUAUUGGUAAUUUCUCACUUUAACUGUGGUAAUAGAUUCCACUUUACAUUUCAAAAUUAAAUUGCAACAUGAGGCUGCUGUUCAGUCUUUAAUUCACAUUAACGUCUUAUCUCCAUGCAGUCAGGUGAGUGGAAGCUGCAUCGCUGGCUUCAGUUGAAUCUGAUUUUUGUCAUUUUCUGUACUAAUGAUGCAUUAUUUAUAUUUUCCUUUCCCUGUGCGAAAGGAAAGAUUAUGUUCUCAUGCUGGACUGAACAGUUUGAAGUGAUUUAUUUAGGCAGCUUUUGGGAACUAUUUACCUGAAGACCAAAUAUGAGAAAUCUGUACAAGUUUUGUGUUCAUCCACAAAAUGGAACUGUUACAAUGUCUCUGCAGAUAAUACAUAUUAAAAAACUAUGAAAAAAAAAAACCAAACCAACUCUACACAAGCUGAAUUUAUAACAGGCAUUGAAAAAAAGGCAUAACCUGGAAAAGAAAGAUUUCUGUAAAACUGCAACGUUUUCUUUAGAGGUUUUAAAAAUAAAAAAGUAAAGUUUUAACAUACUUUUUUUAAGAAAAAAAAAUCCAGUACUAGUAAUUUAAUUUGGUGUUGAAUGAAUUGACUAGAAUGUGGUUUAUUUUCAGAAGUGAGAAUCUGUUCACAACUAGGGCUAGGUGAAUAAUAGUGUAUAAGAUUUUUUAAAUAAAAUUAAAUUUUAUUCAGCAAA